GCUGAGAAAAGUUGUUGCCUCUGUUUUAAAACGGUUGUGAGACGUUUACGAUUGACUCAGUUUGAGUGCUUUGCUUGUUUUAUUUUAUUUUUUUUAAUUUAUUUUAUAUUUUUUGCACCCCGUUUCUGUCGCAGCACCGUUGGAGUCUAAGUCCGCAUUUUAAACCGGUAGUCGGGGCGCCCCGCAUCUUUUAAAGCUUUUUUAAGAGUCUUUGCUCCAACUCAGCUGAUGCUCGUGGUCCCUGGAGGAGUUCUCUAGCUGUGUAGCUUCCGUGCUGUUGAUCCAAGCGUGUUGAACCAGGGGCAAUACGUCAACAAAUCAUGCCGGACACCGACCCAUGAAGCCUGCCCUCGGACUGCGCUCCAGAAGCCGACGGUUAACCGGCAGCUAGCGCUAGCUUACGUUUAGCGCCAACCAGAGGGGGUGUUAGCGGCUGGCCUGACGUCCUCACAGCCCUACUGUUGACUUUUGCUUUCACAUCAUAGGGCCAGUCCCGUUGCAGAGCAGAGAUGAGAAAGGCCGCAGCAGGCGGUGACGAGGAGGCUCCCCUGCAGAAUGGCUCCUCCGGCCGCAGGAGAGCCGAGCCGCAGCCCGUCGAAGGAGACGACCGCAACUCCAGCCCCGGCGGUCUGCAGGACGAGUACGACGACAACGAUCUGGGCCGCAGGAGAGAAAUCCGGAGCAAAUACAGGGACCUCAUCAACUCAGUCCAACAAAACAGAGAAGAUAUGCUGAGUCCGUCCAACAACAGGCUCACAGAGGUCUUGGACGAGGCGGACAAACUUUUUCAAGAUGUUCGACAGGCGAGAGAAGCGGUGCUCGAUGCUCACCUUCUUGUUGUGACGACAGACCUGGGAAAAGAGAAAGCCAGCCAGCUGAUUUCUGAGGGGAGCGCUUUUGAUUCCACUGUGUUUGCUGAACAUCUGUUGUCCUUCAUGGGUCUGAACCGACUAGAAGACGAGGAUGAUGAGCCGCCGAACGGAGGUGCCGGCGAUGGCUACCUCCCUAAAGACGCCUGGCACAGGCUGGCCAGGAGAGCCGAGUGUUGUUUCAGGACGGCUCCUUCUUUCCACUACAUGAUGGGAUCCUUCUACGCGGAGCCACCUCCUCCGAAGCAGAGAUUAGAACGACAAAAGAAAGCACCCAGCAAGGAAGCCAAGAGGAUAAUGCCCACUCAGCUAAAGAAAAUGGAAGAAUCUCAAGAAGAAGCGACCGAGAAAGAGGUUGAACGAAUCCUGGGACAUCUGAAGAGUUACUACCAAGAGGACCCAUCCACACCAAUAUCAUAUUAUGAGUUUGUCAUUGACCCCAACUCAUUUUCCCGGACAGUGGAGAACAUUUUCCACACGUCUUUUCUCAUCAGGGAUGGUUUGGCACGGCUAUAUUUGGAUGAAGAUGACAAGUUACCUUAUAUAGAGCAAGUUGAAGAGGUAGAGGAGGAGGCUCGGAGUUCAGUCAGCCGCAAACAGUGCCUUGUUUCUAUCAGCCAGAAGACAUGGAGGGAGCUAAUAGAAGUUUUUGAAAUCAAAGAGGCGAUAAUUCAGCCUCCAGAGACUCAGAACGAGUGACGGUGGCGCUUUCAUCUCUCACAAGUU